UAGCUAAAACAUUAGUGUCAUCAUGGUUCUGCACCAGAUUCUGCGACUUUCUUCUCUUUUUCACUCUGCUGUUUCCAUUCACUUGCGCAGAAACAUUGGGCUUUCUGCUAUAGUCUUUAAUAAGACAAAAGAGCUUGAUCCAGUCCAGAAGCUCUUCUUGGACAAGAUUAGGGAAUACAACACAAAGAGCAAGCAAGCUGGAGGGCCCGUUGAUGCAGGUCCUGAAUUUCAAAAAGAGAUUAAUGAAUCCCUUGCUAGACUUCAACGGGCGUAUGGUGAGGGAGAUCUAACCAAGUUCCCAGAAUUCAAAUUUGAGGAGCCCAACUUUGAGGAGACUCCAAAGUGAUCUCUGCAUGUCGUAUGCCAAACAGGAGUGUCCAUCAAUGGAGUUACUGAAUGUGGCACCAGUUGUAAAUUAA